AUGGAAGGAAGAACAUCUUCAAGUCACAGUGGUUUUCGUAUACCAAAGAAGAAAACAGACACCAGCUCAGAGGAUAUCCAAGUUCAGUUCCCUUUGGCAAGGCUCCCAGGCUCCCACCAUUGGGACUACCCUUUAAAAGAGUGGAAAUUAAGUGCAAACAACAGAAAGCCUUCCACAAAAGGAAAAAGGCAGGAGGACUGUGACAGACCCAGCUCCAAUGAUGAAGACUCAGUUGGGCAACCCAAAGUUAUCUUGACGAAUGUCCUGAUGAUGAAAAUAGGAAGAAAAUACACACAGAUGCAACCUAAAACUCAUGCUAAUUUUUCUGCUGCUGGCAAGCUGCAUUCAGACCAAGCACCCUCCUCAUCUGCUGCCAGCCUAAAGAUACGGCAGAUUUUAAACCCUACUCUCCAAAGCCUUUUUCUGUCUAAAAGGUCUGACCAUUGCCUGAGAAAGACAGAGGAUGGUCUGUGUAACUUGACCAAGGCUUCCAAGGAACCAGAAAAAAAUAAUGUCUUCACUUUAAGAAGACGGGAGCUGCAGAAGAAAGAGAACAAGAACUGUGAUGAACUGGAAAAGAGGAGCAGAAACAUGAGAAGCACCACUCUUAGUCAGAAGGAAUUGGGCUCAUGUGAUUCUGAGAAGAGGAAAAGAAGAUCCAGUGGCCAUAUUUCUGAUGAUUGUAAUACACACAUUCCAGAAAAAUCACUUCUGCUGUCUGAAGGGCAAAGAUUGAGGUCAACUCAUUCUCCUGGCCUCAGAACACCCUGUGAGGACCAACAGAGUCACAGAUCUAAUACAGUUCUGGAUUGUGUCCUGCAGCCAUUGGAGAGAGACUGUAAAGACUCUUCCACCCACAACCACUUAAGGCCUGCUCACAGGGGCACAGAAGAACCCAGCUCAGAGUCUCCUUCCAGAAUUUUGUCAGAGAAACAGCUCUCUGCCCCUGUGGAGGAGAGGAUUCCAGCACGAGUCAGUACCAUCAGGAGGCUGCAGGGGGAGGUGCCACAGCACCCGAGCCAGCUGGGGAACAGAAGCUGCAGGGGUAAUCGGCAACUUGUUUCAGUUGACCCAAUUGUCCUCUCCAGUGAUGAUGAAGAUGGAUCUUCUGAGCCAAAAUACACAGAGCUGCUGCAGGAUAAUAUUGACAGUGAAGAAGCAGACCAAGAGUCUGACGUGUGUUCCUCACCAAAGCCAUUGGAAGACAAGAUGGAAAGUGACACAGAGCAGUUUUUAGCAGAGUCAGUUGAAGAGAAAAGUCCUAUCAGCUUACCUUCUGGAAGCACACCUAGAAAACAGAUGAACCCAGCACUGGAUGUUGAAUUUGAUAAUCUAUACAUUGGAAAAUUUAAAUGUUUAUCAACUGGUCCUGCUAGGUUUAGAACCCGGCAUAUUAGGAUCCCAUUUCAGGUGGCUCUCAAUAAGAAUAUUAAGCUGACAGUGGAUACUCUGGAUUUGAGAAGGCUUGGCUUGUGGAGAAGUGAUGGUGGCUGUUCUUCAACAAUGACCAUUUUCCUUUGGUUGUCUGAAGAUUAUGUAGAAAAGAUUGAAACCCAAUUAGGGAAGUUAGUUACCAGCAAGCCAUCCAAAUCUAGUGAAUUUUUAUUUCUUGAACUGUCCCAGCCACUCACAGAAUUGGAAGAGGACUGUCUGGCUGAACUGGUUACAGUUGUGAGCAAGAAGAACAGAGCACCAGAUCUCUCUGAGUUUUUGUCUUUGAAGCAAGCAUUACCCUUGUUUAAGGAUCUUUCUCCUCAGGAGAGCUCUUUUGUGAGUUACAGUAAGGAUCUGCUAAAGCACUAUAUGCCAAAAGAGACUACCUCAGAUGCUCCUGAGCCUGCAGUUCAGGAAUCAAAACCAAAAGUGAUCAGGCCUAGUUAUGCCCUUGCAAGCAAGCAGAGCAGUGGUUGCUAUUCUAUCUCUAUGUCCUCAGCACUGAAUGAAGAAUGGAAAGAAGUAAGAGAAACUGGAGCAGUGAAGAAUUUAAUUGUUUAUCCACCUCCACCUGCAAAAGGAGGACUGGGAGUCACAAGAGAAGACCUAGACUGCUUAGAAUAUGGAGAGUUUCUCAAUGAUGUCAUCAUUGAUUUCUAUCUUAAGUACCUGUUGUUGGAGAAGGCACCAAAACAUCUUGCUGACCGUACGCACAUUUUUAGCAGUUUCUUCUACAAGUGCCUCACCAGGACAGAAAAAAACUCUGAGGGGGAUCUCAAAGUUUCAGCAGCCCAGAGAAGACACAGAAGAGUAAGAACGUGGACUCGUCAUAUAAAUAUCUUCAGUAAAGAUUAUAUCUUUGUGCCUGUGAAUGAGGAGUCUCAUUGGUACAUGGCAGUUAUCUGUUUUCCUUGGUUAGAAGAAGCUGUGUAUGAGGAGUGUCCUGAUCAGGAUUCAUUGUAUCACCAACCUCUACAGUCUGCAUUCCAGUUAGAGACUGAGGACACUAGAACUGGUUCAGUGUUGUCCUUUCCUGGUAACUGCAAGGAUGAAGAAGAAAUGGAUGCUAAUGGAAUUUUAUUCUCAAAAGGUGGCAAUGAAAUUGCUGCUUCUGCUUCAGCCUUAUAUUCAGGUAUCUCUGAAAUCUCCCUAAAUAAUUCCAAAAGGCAGAUUUGUAAAAGGCCUUGUAUACUCAUCUUAGAUUCUUUGAAAGCUGGUUCUGUGCAGAAAACAGCUCAGGUUCUGAGAGAGUACCUGGAAGUGGAGUGGGAAACUAAACGAAAAACACAUCGAGAAUUCAGUAAAUCAACAAUGAUUGACCUGUGUCCCAGAGUGCCUAAACAAGAUAACAGCAGUGACUGUGGGGUCUAUUUGCUGCAGUAUGUGGAAAGCUUCUUCCAGAAUCCCAUAGUUAACUUUGAACAGCCACUGCAUCUGGAGAAGUGGUUCCCUCGUCAGCUGAUCAGAAGCAAGAGAGAAGAAAUUCGAGAGCUGAUCUUGCAAUUGCACUUUAAACAGCACAGUGGCAGCAGCAGCUAA